CCAUUUUGGACAUAUCUUUAUGAACUAACCUCAUGUUAUACGAACUAUUAACAGUCAGGAGUCGUUCAGGGUCCAGAAGAGGAGAUUCACUACAGUACUAUGAGGGUGACUGCAAUGAACAGGCUGUGAAAAAAAACAUCCUAGUAACUGUGGAACAAAUUGUAGCCAAAGAUCCCUCAGUUAUUUCCCAGUGCAACAGACACCCAAACACCUGUGGCAAUGUCAGAAUAUCAGAUCUUUCUGUUAACUGUGGGCCUGGAAACAACCAAAGAGAUACUGAACCACCUGUAGUGAUCUCCUGUCCUCAGAACAUUGAGAUAGAAACCAAAAAAGGAAACCCCUACUGGAAUGACUUGCCCGAAUUGUCUUGGAAGGAGCCUGUGUUUGAAGACAACUCCAGGGGUCCACUGACAAUCAUAAAAGGAGGGUCCAAUGUUAAUAAUGGAGACAAACUGGCAUAUGGCCAAUAUUCAGUGGAAUAUAUAGCAACAGAUAUUUCAGGAAACCAAGCCAAAUGUUCCUUUGAGAUCUCUGUGAAAUCAAUUGCAUGCACCAUGGAAUUGCCGGAGCAUGGAGCCAUAGUCUGUGGCUAUCCGUCAGUGGAAGGCAUGGACCUCAUGACCAUUGACUGUAUUGUAUUGUGUCAAAGCAAAUACCAGUUUAGCAGGGAUCCAUAUCCAAUAUAUGCAUGCUCAGAGGAGGGACUUUGGUGGACCUUCACAAGCACAUUCACGCCCAUUGGCCCAAAUUUGCCAAGUUUAAACCAUAAGUGCCUAGAACCAGAUAUCCAUAAAAAGCCAAAAGUUGUUGAUCAGAACUUUUACUUUGAUGGUGACUGCCAUGACAGAGCAGUGCAAGACGUGCUGGUAGGACACUUGGAAUAUUUUCAGAGGAAAACUUCAGCUUAUCAGUACUGUAAAUUAAACAGAGAGUUCUGCAGAAAGUGGAAUGGCUACCGCAAUGUAACAGUGUUCUGUGGAAGCAUGUGAGAUGGAAUGACUGUAUUGCUUGUUACUUUUUUUUUAGAAUGUAUUUUCAUGCAUGUGAGAACUACACAUUAUCCAAGUAUUCAGACUGUUCCUUGAAAGCAGUUUGUGCUGUAACUUUUAUUUCCUCUUGUAAAAUAAAAUUAGGGUAAAAAUAUAAUCACUAUCAUUUUCUUUCUUC